CGAAUUAACGACAAUAUUGCGUACUUAUUCAUUUAAACUUCUCCAGCAAUUUAGCAAUAGAACGCGGUUUUGUCGUACUCGGUCGUACACGGCUGCCGCUCGUGUUCGAAAUUUCAAAUUUUCCCGCGCCGCCAACGGACGCGUUCAUUGCGCGCAUUGGUUAGAUUAGGUUGAGUUGCGUUCAGAAUAAUUUUCUAAUUUACAAAAUGGUGGAUUGACAAUGUAUUUGAAAGACGGGGACGGGUGGAUUAUGACUGCUCUCAUGUGGUUGUUCGCCAAUAUGGCUAAAUUAUACUGAUUUGUGAGAAUAUUUGGACUUUUUUAAAGUGUUGUACCGCUGUGCGCUUGGACUCUUUAUAAGGUGAGAAUGUGGUGGGGUUGGAAAAGAAUACUAUUCUCUUUUGACCUUUUUCCUCUCAAAGGAUUUAAAAAGUAAAAGGAGAAUUAUAUUCUCUUUUUGCAAAACGGAGCCGUAGUACCGCCAUCGGUGCCAUCAAAGCCAGCAUACCACGAACCCCAUGGCCCCCCACACCUGCCAGCCAACCUAUCUGACCGGCAACCGCUUCACCACCAAGUCCUCCCCCCUCGAACCCCACAUACAGUACCACCUCUGCCGCUCCAAUACCAACAUGCUCUUGAAGAUCGAAAACGAACUUCUUCAAAGCCACCGUCAACGAGAAACUACAGGGAUUAAAAAGCUGUACAACUCUUUCUUUGUCCUCUUUUAA